ACCUCCCUCUCCGGUCAAUACUCGGCGGUGGUUUUUCAAUCCAGAAACAUAUUGAAACCCAAUUCAUAUUUUCAAUCUCUGAAACUGCAGAGCGCAUAAAGUCCAUGGCUUGGGAUCAAUCUCUGUCUUCGAUACUCAUAUCCUAAAACCGACUUCCAAAAUGGCCUCGCAGUGACACCCACCGUCGUGUUUAGCUUCUCCACUUCGAACCUAGAGAGGAUUGCUUCUACUAAGAAACCUCCCAAGAACUAGUCUGGCAGCAAAAUUUUUGCUUGCAAAUGGAAUUACACUUUUCAAGGUACACGAAGAAUGUGUGAAGUAAUUGGGACAGGUUGACAGAUCCUUGUUCAGUCCUAUGUAUCCUCCCUUGACUGAAGAUGCCCAAAGGGUCCUUGAUUGGGCUGUUGAUCAGAAACUAAAAUUUGGUGAUGAUGGGGAUAUUACAACAAUUGAUCUCCUCCUUGGUAUUUGGUCUGAGGUGGAAUCUCCUGGUCAUAAAAUUUUGGCUGCUUUUGGCUUCAGUAAUGACAAAGCCAAGGAGCUGACAUCUUUGAGUUCUGAACCUGGUUUUGUAGAUGGGUAAUACUAGCCUUUAGUACUUAAUAUGUAAUUCUUUUAACCAGAGAAAUGAACAAUCUCUGCAGCCUCUGUUAAAUCAUGCCUGCAUGAUGAAGUUUCUGAAGGAUUCAAACAAAUAUGGCGAUUCCUU